AUGGCGAUGGACGGAAUGAUGUCCACGUCCUCGGGUCUGUCCUACCACAAUGCCGGGGACUUUUACCCCAGAAAGUUCGGCCCGAAGCCGGACGUGGUGCCGUCUGGGGUGACGGAGAGGAAGGUGGGGCCGCUGGAUAAACCGGACAUGGUGUCGGUGGAUGUCCUGAACAUCAAGGAUUCAGACAUCCCGAUGCACAGGAAGAAGCACGAGCACGACACCUACAUCCUGGGGACGAUUCACCCGUUCAGGAAGACGCACAGAUCCGUCUUUGGGAAGCUUCUGCAGGAAUUCAGGCUGGUGGCCUCAGACAGACGAUCGUGGAGGAUCCUGCUGUUCGGGGCGCUCAACCUGCUGUGCACCGGCUGUCUGCUGAUGUGGUGCAGCUCCACCAACAGCAUGGCUUUAACUGCCUACACUUACCUCACCAUCUUCGACCUGUUCAGUUUAAUCACCUGUCUCAUCAGCUCCUGGGUGACCAUGAAGAAACCCAGUCAGGUCUACUCAUUUGGGUUUGAAAGACUGGAGGUUUUGGCAGUUUUUGCCUCCACCGUCCUCGUCCAGCUGGGAGCUUUGUUCAUCCUGAAGGAAAGUGUGGAGCGCUUCAUGGAGCAGCCUGAGGUCCAUACUGGUCGUCUGUUGGUCGGGACCUUCGUCGCCCUCUUCUUCAACCUGCUGACUUUACUGUCAGUCAGGAACAAACCAUUCGCCUACGUCUCCGAAGCGGCCAGCAGCAGUUGGCUUCAGGAACAUGUUGCAGAUUUAAGUCGAAGUUUGUGCGGCAUCGUUCCCGGCCUGAGCAGCGUCCUGCUGCCUCGUAUGAACCCCUUUGUCCUGAUCAACAUGGCGGGAGCUCUGUCCCUGUGCACCACCUACAUGCUCAUCGAGAUCAAUAACUACAACGCGGUGGACACGGCGUCAGCAGUCGCCAUCGCCCUCAUGACCUUCGGCACCAUGUAUCCCAUGAGCGUCUACAGCGGCAAAGUGCUGCUGCAGACCACGCCCUCCCACAUCAUCGGCCAGCUGGACAAGCUUCUGAGAGAGGUGUCGACUCUGGACGGAGUGCUGGAGGUCCGAAACGAGCACUUCUGGACAGUUGGUUUUGGAUCUCUGGCUGGCUCCGCCCACGUUCGUAUCCGCCGCGACGCCAAUGAGCAGCUGGUUCUGGCUCACGUCACCAACAGGCUGCUGCCGCUCGUCUCCACUCUGACCGUCCAGAUGUUUAAAGAUGACUGGACCAGGCCUCUCCUCACCGGGGCCCUCUCCUCCUCCUCCUCACCUGCUGCCCUGCCUCUGGGUGCUGCUGAAGGCUACGCCGCCCUCUCCUCCUCACCCUCCUCGCUGCCUCCUCUGCUCUUGUCCUCAGGAGCAGACCUCGACCCGCUGACCUCCCCUCCCUCCCAACCCAGCAGUCCUCCUCCAGAGUUCUCCUUCGACACUCCGGGGAGGAACGUGCAGCCGGUGCUCCUCGCCGCUCCGGGACACCACGCCCACAGGCCCUACGCAGGCCUGGGGCUCUCCUAUGGCUCGACCCCCUACACAGGGAUGCUGAAUCAGGGCCUGGCACGGCCUGGUGGGGGGAUGGGACUGGGCGUGCAGGGCCUGGGGGGGGGAUUUGGACUGGGCGUGGGAGACAGCGGGGCACCGUCCUCUCAGAGCUACAGAACUGCGUUUGGGGGGUCGACAGCGCCGCUCCGCUUUGGAAACCCACUGGCUUCACAGUCGCAGUACAGACAGUACCGACCGUGACUGUGUCCCAGCGGUUUCAGGACUUUCAGAUACUUGAAGUUUAUCCGUGAAGGUCAGCUCCCCGGGAAAAUCGGGUCGGACGGCGACGCCACGGCGUUGACGACGCCGUCGGUUUCUGGUGUUAAAUGUCAUCGUGCUCUGCUGACCUCGGAGGAGCGACGGCCGGCGUGAUGAUGUAUUUAUUGUGCAGACGAGGGGACCACGCCGUCGGCUGCGGUUCGAUUUGUUAUCUUUGAGUGUUUUCUUUGUUAUGGGACUGAUCGGGAGGUUUGACGGUAAAGAAGCAGCGCGCUUUGUAACGGGAGGAAAAAGAUUUUCUGCAAACAUUCCUUAUAAAAAAAUAAAAUUGUGAAUUGAGUCUGAA